GUGACAUCGACGCUAUCUUGGGCGAAACUGCGGUGAAGAGCGCAGGGAGGAGAUUAUAUUCGGAGCUCAUUUCGUCGGUGGUGAUAAAUUGAAUCCCCUCUCAAUCGAUUCAACGCAGAAACGAGCGAGCAAGGAAGGGAAAAGAAAAAAAAGAACUCAAGAGAUCGAACCAGAAGACAGAGGAAGAAGAAGCGGAGAAAGAUGUCGUGGAAUGUUUACGUCGAUGAUCAUCUUAUGUGCGACAUUGAGGGCAAUCGCCUCACAUCUGCGGCCAUUAUCGGCCAUGACGGCAGCGUUUGGGCCCAAAGCGAUACUUUCCCUCAGUUCAAGCCUGAAGAAAUUACUGCCAUCAUGAAUGACUUCAAUGAACCCGGGGUGCUUGCUCCAACUGGUUUGUACCUUGGUGGUGCCAAAUAUAUGGUAAUCCAAGGGGAGCCUGGCGCUGUUAUUCGUGGGAAGAAGGGCCCAGGUGGGGUUACUGUUAAGAAGACUGGUUUGGCUUUAAUCAUUGGCAUCUAUGAUGAACCAAUGACUCCCGGUCAGUGCAAUAUGAUUGUUGAAAGGCUUGGAGAUUAUCUCAUCGAACAGGGUCUCUAAAUAUCAGGAAACCGUAUUGUUUUUAUAAUAGUCUAUGGACUCUUGAGUGGAGAUGGGUUUGAUGCUUGAGGAUUGAUGCUUGUGUUUCUCGUUAUUAGUGUUGUCUCUUUCACCUUUUACCUUGAAAUAGUGUGGUGGUUUUCAAGUGAGGUCUAUGUCGUAGUUACAGUGACUUCGAAAUGUAUGUUGUAAACCAAUCAGCAUAAAUUUAUUAAUACCCUUUCAUUUUAUCCGUUGA